GGUGAUGGGACCUAAAAGGCGUUUAUCUGUUGCUGAGCGACAGCAACGGUCAAAUACAACGGCAGCAACAGCAGCGGCAUCAACAACAGCAGCAGGAGCCAAGAAACAGCGUCCCGCCACUGGUAGUACUAGUCAAUCGCCAGCUUCGCGUAAACCGCCGGCAAAGCCAGCAAAUACUGCAGCCCCUGCCGCGACCGUGACAUCUGGAACUCCUAGCAAAAAGGACGGCACAAAAACGACAUCACCCGCUAAAAAGAAUCCAAAAACGACGAGUAGUGGAAAAUCCGAUUUGGUUGAGUCGUCGUCACCAUGCAAAGAUUCCGCCAAAGUUGAUGAACGUUCGAAAAGCAAGGAAAGACCUAAACCUGAAGAAGAGAAAAAGAGUACCACCAGAGCUUCUUCACGGGAGAACCUUAAGAAAUCUGCCCAAGAGAAUAAUGAGGCAAAAUUACACAAAGAAGAAUUAAAAAAGGAAGCCGAAAAAGAGAAAGACGAUUCACGCAAAGAAGAGCCACAAAGUUCCAAUUCUAGUACCAUUAGUUCAACGGAAUUGCCGGGCAAGAAUCAGGACAAAAAGGAUGGCAAACACAAGGCCAUUAGUAAAAUGCUUAAGAAUUUAGAUAUUAAAAUAAGUGGCUUCGAUAAUCUCUUGCCGAAGGAACAAAAUAUCCAGGAACUGGGUAUGAAAUCUUCAAUAUCGGAAAAUGUCAAAACUAAAUCUCGGGCAGCAGCAGUCAAAGUAAUUGCCACCUUGACCAAUAAUAAACCCUUGAAGAGGCCAAAGGUCAGCGAAGAGGACAAGAGGAAAGCACAAAAUUCAAAGUCAAAGGCAGGCGGCAAAGAAGCACAGGGAGAGAAAAGUGGUGGUGUACACGCCGCCAAAGAGUUGGAGAAAAAAGACCAAGAGAAGCAAGAGAAAAUUGAAAAGGAUUCGGUGGGGGAUAGUAAAAAGAAAAAGGCCAGAAUGGAUAGUCAACAAAAACAAAAGAAGUCAGUUGUGAUCAACGAACAAAAGGAGGAUAAAGAUCAACCAAUGGAAAUGAAAGAGAAGGAAAUAAAAGAGAAAAUCCAGUCUCGGGAUGCAACAGAAGAGAGUAAAGUUGAUGAAAAGGAAGUAAAGGAACCUGAGGAAGUCAAGGAAAACAAGUUAUCCGAAGAAGUAAAGGAAGACCUUAAAACUGAAAAGAAUGUGAAAGAAAAGGUGGAAGAUGAAGAAAUGAAAAAGAAAGAGGAGUCUAUAAACGAUAAAAAGGAAGGAGAAAAACCAAGUGAAAAUAAAGAUGAAUCUCAAGACGCAAAGUUGGAGAAUCUCAAGAAACGAAAAUCUCCCAAACAUAAGAGUCCAGAAAAACAAGAACCUCUCAAGGAGGACCUAGAACAAAUACUCGAAAAAGAAAAGGAAGAGAAGAUAAAAGAAGAGGAGUUAAAGGGAGAAAAGCUAAGGGAAGGUAAGUCAAAAGAGGAAGAUCUUAAAGAAGAUACUACAACCGAAGAGAAGGUUAAAACUCCCAGUAAAUCUCCCAAAAAGUCACCCGGUAUCUCAAAGCCACCGGUGACGACCGGUGAGCAAUCCGAUCCUGCGAACAAAACAAAGUGCAAUAAAUUAGACGAAUUAUAUGAAGAAAAAGAUGAAAUACUCAAAGUAACCAUAGACUCAAAUACUGAAGUGGUUCAAAUGGAAAUCGAAGAGAUUGCCGUAGAGAAACAGACCCUUAAAAAGGACAACACAUGUGGAGAGGCAGCAAAAGAGCAACCCAAAGAGGAGGUAGUGGAAGCUCCGCCACAGGAUAGUAUUUCAAAACCGGAGACAUCUCCUAAAGAGGAAACCCAGCGCCCAAGUUCUGCCACUCUGCCGAAGCCUGUCAAACCUCUGCCUCCGAAGAUGGGUAACUUGAAACAGAGAUUACAGCCGAAAUACAAAGUUAAUCCGAUUAAGCCGAAAAUACCCAAAGCGGUUACGAAAAAAUCACAACUCUCCAAAAUAAUGGCGGCCAAGGCAAAGACGGCCGAUAAAGAAGCUAACGCCAAGGAUGAUGAUAUUUAUGCCUUUAAGUCGGGAUCAGAGGACGAAGAGAACAUACGCAUGGAACUGCCCACAUUGAAAAAUCUCUUGGAAUUCUCAGAGGAAGAGAAAAAAUCGGAGAAAAAUGCUACACACAAAAAGGAGAUUGGCAAAUUUUCAUCGCUCAAAGAAAAGGGUAAAAUGGAAGAGGAGAAGGUGGAGGAGAAAAUGGAAGAUAAGGAAACGCACAAGGCUUUGGAAAAUAAAGAAGAAGAAGAUAUUCCCAAAGAACCGGAACAAGUUCCAGAACAAAUUGAAGAGAUUAAGGAAGACCUAGAAACAAAGGAAAAGAGUGAAGAGGAGGAGGAGGAAGAAGAAUUGGGAAAAAAGAAAACCAUUGCCAUGAACAAGAAACUCAUGUCCGCCAAGGUCAAGAAUCUCCAAAAACAAAAGAAUUUAAAAACUGCCAGCCGGCCCAGAAAAACAAAUCUCGCAAAGAAAUCGGAAAAGUCCGCAAAGAAUGCCAAUUCAGACGAGGUGGCAGAGAGCAGUGAUUCUGAGGAUGAUAAAAAUUUAAUUGUCUUUAGUCAAAAACGUCAUCGCAUGGCCUCGUUAAAUGCCCUGGCCAAGGUCCAGUGUUUGUAUGAAAAUGAAUCACGGACAGCCUAUGAAUUGGGUCUAUCCAAGGCCACCUUAAUGCCGCCAAAAAUACGUACCCUCGAUAACAGUGAUGAGGAAAAGGACAAGGAGAAAAGAGAAAAGGAAGAAGUUAUAAAGAAAGAUAAAGAAAGCGAAAAAGAGAAGGACAAAGAAAAGGAAAAAGAAAAACCCAAGGAGCCUUCAACCAGUUCCACACAAAAACCCGAAGAGAAACCCAAAGCCACCAAGAAGGAGAAAAAACAAGAAGAUCCUUCAAAAGUGGAGGAAACCCCCAAAACAGAAAAAGAACCUCCCGAACCUGCCAUAGAAGAACCCGUGGGAGAAUUGAAACGGGAACAACGCAACGAUGCCGGUGGACGUGGCUUUGGUAAAUAUUGGGAAUUUGAUAGUGACAGUGAGCUGGAUGAAAUCGAACAGAUGCGUAUCAAAAAGAAAAAGUUACAAAAACGUUUGCAGGCAAAGAAAGAGAAAGAAAUGGAAAAACAAUUGAAAGCCAAGGGCAAGAACGAAACCGAUCCGGAAGCCACGCCCAUUAAAGUCAAACGUAAAUAUAAUAAAAUUAAGAAACCGCUCAAGAAAAUGGUCAAACUAAGUACGGGUAGCUCUGCUGAGGAAGGUAAUUCAGAAUCCUCCGAUAAGGAAGAUGGAAGUCCAGAAAAAGAAAAAUCCGCCAAACUCAAGCUACCCGAAGCUAAGAAGCCGCCCAAGAAACGAAAGAGAAUUUUCAAAGAAGAACUGAUUGGCGAUUAUAAAGGUAUAUUGGCCCGGAAGCGUAUGGCCAGUUUAAAUGCCAGUGCCAUCGUGGCGGCCACCUAUGAAGUGGAACGGCAUUUGGAUAGGAAUUUGGGCCAGCUAAGUGGUUAUGAGACCUAUGAAGAUGAACAAAAGACGCCAAGUAAGAAGUCUAAGGAAGCGAAGGGCAAGGAGGGCAAGACGGCUAAAUUACCCAGUAAUACAACUUCGGCUACAGUCACUACCGUAACAUCACCUUGUAAAGCUAGUACUCCGGUUACCAGUACCACCACAACAUCCUCAACGGAAGUGGCAAAGACAACACCACAGCAACCCACAAAUAUCUGUGAAGAAAGCAAUGAUUCCAAGUAUUCCAAAGAUACCAAAGAAACAAAUACGGAUACUACGACCACGACAACAUCCAGUUCUUCGGGUAGUAGUACCACCACAAGCAGUACUAAGGAGGCCAAGGAUUCAAGUCGUCCCACUUCAUCAAGUGUGGUGAUAGUCCAAGAUACAGAUGUUACCAUUACCGGUGUCUAUGUCAAUUCAAGUUCUGGUGCCGGCCAAGAGGCCUAUUGUAAAAUGCAAUAUCGUGUUCAGUCCAGUGUUACCGAGGAACGUUUGCUACGGCCAGGUUCAACCGAACCACCACCAAAAUCCUAUACUCCAUUGAGUGCUUUGUCUAGUAUGCUGCCACCGGGGGCUGCUGGUAGUAGUGUUAGUGAAGGUAAGUGUACUCCCAUCGUUUCACCGCCACCCACAACUGCAACAUCACAAACCACUUCGGCUUCCUCGUUAUCGGAAACACUCAAUGCCGCCGCCGGUCUUUACAAUCCUGCCGACUUGGGCAUACACACUGAACCCUUGGAACAUCAUGGACCACCACCACCUUCCUAUGCAGCGGCAGCAGCUGCUGCGGCGGCUGCCUAUCAUGCCCAUCAUAUGUCACCACAUGGUGCUGCCGGGGUACAUCAUCAGCAUCAAUAUGCUCAUGUACAUGCCCAUCAUCAAUAUCAACAGGCUGGUGCGGAGCAUCAUGGUAUGCCACCACCUCCGCAUCAUUAUGCUGCAGGACCGCCGCCUCCGCCUCCAUCACAUUAUGGCCCACCACCACCGGGUCAUUGUGAUCCGGGUUCGCCACCACCCACAUAUAGGGCAAGUAGUGGAUAUCCGAGUAGUGCAACAGGUAUUGCACCGGCAGCAGCACCACCACCUUCGGUUCAGCCUCCGUUAUCGGCUGGUUUGGGUGUUGGUUACACAGUCGCUGGCAAAUACUCAGAAGAAGAAGAAGAAGAAGCUGCAGCACCAUCACCAGCAGUAGAAAAACAACUUGUAAAAAUCAACAUUAAAACUUGUUAA